CCGGGUAUUCUGAAGUUUAUUCUACAAGCAUUCAAAGAGGGGGUAGGAGAAACUUGUUUCCUGCAAAAGUGUUCCUGAAAGUAUGUCUGAAGCAUUUAAAUUUCUUCUAGCAGUAGUGUUACAGCUUUUAAUCCUUGUCGUAUUCUACCGACUUUUCGCCGAGGAAACAACUUCUGUUGAUCGUAGAGUUACGAACAACAGGCUCAGUCCAACUCUCCGAGAUGCUCAAAACCCCGAGGAUUUCAAAGACUGGAGGACUCUUUAUGAAAACACAAACUUAAGCACAGAAAUUAUUUGGAAGGAAAUACCGCGAAAACCAACCCCUCCAGAAAAGCAAAUGAAUCAUAAAUGGAUCGUUGUUACGACAAUUAACUCGCCAACAGAGGAUGUGAAGAAGUUAGCUGCCAUGAAAGGUUGGAAGGUUGUAGUAGUGGGCGAUACCAAGACCCCGGCGGAAUGGAGGUAAGUAUAUAUUAUCAUACUUUGUGUGGCAGACACCGGUUAGUCUUAUUUGGUUAAUGUAGUGAUGUAGUGGUUUGUAGACUUCGCGUGAGGGAACCAUGCGCGGGUGUCCUCGAAGAAAAAACCGGCCGUUUCGCCUACAAGUCGUUUCGCCCACAUACACUCAGCUAGGUCGCCUACACUCCCUUCGAGUGUGCAGCCUAUUACUAGAAGUUUUUCAUUGAGAGGGAAAGUGCUGCCGUUAGAUGCCAUGCGAAUAGGACAAUCAAGACGGGUGUCUAGAAAACGAAGACCUACGACCUAGAAAACGACGACCUAGAAAACAACGACCUAGAAAACGACGACCUAGAAAACGACGACCUAAAAAAAACCGGGGGGAGUAGGGGACAUUCGGGAGCAAAUUUGAAUGCGGAAAGAAAACUUCCCGAUGAUAAUUUUCGAAAAUUUGCGUAUACAUUGCGAAAAUGCUGUUCCAUACGGUACUGCAUGGAAGUUGCCGAAAAUUUAAACCAGACGUUUUGAUUGAAUGGAAUGGCGCCCAUGCAAAGGUAACCAAAUUUGUUACCAAUUGUGCUCCCUUUUUUAAUUUGCGCGAGGGCGUGAGAGCUCCACUAAAAACAGGUUCUCAAGUCAAAUUUUCCAUUAGUAUGGUCAAUGAAGUCAUGAUUCAACUUGACUGACUACUGGAAGCAAAAGCUUUGCUUUGACCUAUUUAUUAUCCUGAUAUCAAUUUAAACAAAUUUGCAUCAAAUCUAAAUGACCUACAUAAUAUACACUGCUUCACUGGCUCGUCGUUUAUAGCGGUACGUUCAAGCCCACAUAAAUCAAACAGGAAAUAAAUCAGACGUGCCGUUUUUGUGUUCACAGCUCAAUACCGUAAACAAACAGUUUAUAUUUUGAAAAUAAAGAAAGAAGGGCUUCAACAUUUUCCAGUACCUUUCCAUACAUGAAACGGCAGCAUACCGAUAACGAGAAUUGUGAAAUCAUGAUAUUGUGUGGGACACAAUGAAGGUUGACAUGCCCAGUGGCCCCACUGACAUAUUUUAAUGACGGGGGUGGGGGGUUGGGGGUCCGAAGGAUUUUUUUGGGUCUGACAUUUUGGCCAAAAGGGAUUUUUCUGGGUCUAUGAAAGACGCCGGGAUUUUUUUGGGUCGCGAAAACAACACAGGGAUUUUUUGGGGUAUUGUAUUUUUCAUCUGCUCAAAUCAACAAUACUAAGCGCAAUUUACUACUUGUGUGGCAUUACGGGAUAUUUCUGAGAUUGUAAUCUAUUUGAAAAGUAAUUACCGGCACUCUAAUCCAGAGAGCAAUAUUCAAUAGGUCACGUAAUUUAGGCCUUUCAAGCCAGUCAUCAAGACCACAAUUACCCUGGGUUCCAGAGGAUAUUUUUUUCUUAUCGAUACUGAUGGUUCGCGGCGAAGCCGUGUUAACGAGGCGCAAAGCGCCGAGGAGAAAAAAAUAACCUCUGGUCACCGAAGUACGCAACCUCAUUUCCAUGCGAGAAAUCAGUUCAGAAUUUGAACUGGGUCACCGAUUGGAUACUCCCAUGUCCGCAGGGAAUUAACAAUAUAAUAAUGGCCCUGAUUGGCUACAUCGAACAACUUCACUGCGUGGGAUUAAAAAACCGGUUUCUCAGGAAGAUCGUGUCGCGUUCCAAGACAACAAUGUCAACAAUGGAGGAAGAAGAUAACUUCUCGCGUUCGUCCAGAAAUGCUGUUCAUCACGCUUUAAGUUCUAAAUUUGAGAACGUGAGACAGCUGAAGCCUGUUCAGGAAGAAGCACUGUUGCAGUUUAUUCGCCGAAAGGACGUAUUUUGUGUCCUUCCUACUGGUUGUGGGAAAUCGUUGAUUUUUCAACUGGUCCCGUUGGUAUGUGCGUAUUUACACAAUGAAAAGUUUAAUUAUCCUGAGAAACCCAUACUGUUGGUGAUAUACCCUCUCAGUGCCCUGGUGGAGUCACACAUCCAAGAGCUUGCCAACUAUGGUAUUUUGUCUUGCUAUCUUGGGGAUGAUGGCCUCAUAGAGGAAGAAAUUUCACAGCAUUCAUCAAUUUUUUCGAUGUCCCUUUUACACUUUAAACAAAGAUGAGAAGAAAGACCAUUCUCUCUCGUCACUUCAAAUCCCAGCACUUGCGAUAAUCGCCCUGCAACGUUGUUCUCCAAGAAUGUUUUUCCUUCGAACAGAUGGAAACGGGCACAGCCUGAAAUAGCGAUAUUAACAUUGCAAACACGACAAAAAUCACCCACAGAUGUCCGCAAAAUUUUAACCGGGGUUCGGGAAAAUGUGGCGAAAACCGCCAUCGAAACAAUGUUUUCGCGCAAUUAUAUUUUUACGCAUCGUGCAAUCAGAUGUCAGCUGUCAGAUUUAACAUGUUUAAUGAAAACAAACAUGCAGACCAUCCCACGGGGCCCAAAACCGGUUUGAUGAGAUAUUUGAUCCGGAAAUUACAUGGAAAUGAGGUUGCGUACUCCUGUGACCAGAGGUUAUUUUUUUCUCCUCGGCGCCUUUUUUUGCGUUAACGCGGCUUCAGUAUCGAUAAGAAAAAAAUAUCCUCUGGAACCCAGGGUAGACCACAAUGGAAACACUGUAUACAAAGUAAACAUUUUAUGAAUUAGAUGUUUACCCGCUGAUAUAUAACUAUUAUCAAAUGAUCACGUUGCUAUGUAAAAAUAAAGGCAAGGAAAACUGAUUUUGUAAACUAAACUCAAACCGGGAGUCAAUGCUGUUGAGUUCCAGCAAGAGCUAAGAGGUCCAGUCAGCUGUGAUCCCAUUUUUGUUGUAUGAAGAAGUUCUCUUGAAAAUAUUAGUAACAUAACAUCAAGCUUGCCAAAGUGGUUUAUGAACCCAUACAAAGAUGUGUCGCUGACUCAGUUAUUUCAGAAGAUAAAUAAUAAAAUUUGCUGAUGCAAAAACACUGAGGGAUUUUUUUGGGUAUGCUAACAAAAGUAGGUAUUUUUUUGGGUAGACAAAUUCUGAAGUUGGGAUUUUUUUGGGUAUAAAAUAUGAACCUCUGUCGGAUCCCCCCCCCCCGCCCCCGUCAUUAAAAUAUGUGAGUGGGGUUGACAUGUCAUUAGAUUUGAACUGUAUUUAAACUGUAAGAUUUGAAUCGUAUCAUCCUAGGAGUUUCUCUUUCCUCACAGGUCCGAUAGCGUGGUAUAUAUGCAGUGAGAUCUCCGGUAGAACUUUUGAAUUGUUCAGAAAUAAAUUAUUACAUCAUGUGAAAUAGAGACAACGCUGCAGAGCAAAAUUAAAAAUUUAACUUCGGUUCAUCUUUAAUUCUUCCAUCACUUUCACGCAAUGCACAAUGCAAUGUCCAAGACAAAGCAAUAGCUCCUGCGACCACACUAGGCACUCUGUAACUGCUGUUUAAAAAUGCGAGAGACGGUUUUAUAAACCGCGUUAUGAAAAUAACGCAAGAACAAUAGAUGUAGGUAUCUCGCGGGGUACAUGUAACGAAGUUUACGUUAAUGAAUAAAUCAAUCGAGCUUUUCCGCCUAAACGUGAAAAUUUCCCAAAUUUUGACUUUUAGAAAUACUUCGUUCCCCAAACCUCUUUUUAUUAACACACUCCGGGAUCGCUCAUGAAACAAACCCGAUAUACUUUUAAUAAGUAAACACCAAGAGAGGUUAUCCUCUCUUGGUAAACACUUUAUUGUCCACCACCCCACCCCGUUCUAGAGGGGGAGGGUGUUUCCUUAGGAACUGGUUAGCUCAAAUGACCACCAAGCUUUAUUAAUUAUUCGAUCUAAGAGAAAUACAUUUAUAAUUCGCAAUCAGAACAAACGCAAAUCGUCUUAAUCUAGUAGCUAAAUUCAGAAAACUUCAAUGUUAACUUACUUCUGUGGUCAGGCCCGGCCAGGGGUUUUGGGUAUACGGUAUCCCGGGCCAUUUUAAUUCAGGUAUAUGGUAUUUUUUGGUCAAAAUUCGGGUAUAAAGUAUUCAGUUUUUCCUGAAUUUUAGGUAUUCGGUAUAUGGUACAGACAUCACACGUAUAAUUCAUUUCUCAGUUUUGUUAUCGCUCUAAUGCUCACUAAAAAUCGUGCGGAUGCUCGAAAUUGAUACUGUUUGGCUUCCUAUCCCAGUCCCCCACCCCCACCACAUCCCCAAUCGCAAAACGAAGCUCAUCCUUCUCACGUUAAGUCGGAUUGGGAACCACCAGUCCAGCCAUCUGUAAAUCGGAGACCUUCCUAGGGGAGGUAAAAUUAGAGCUCGCAAUUAUAGAAUUUGACAAGCCAAAAAAUAAUAUGUCUACGGGAGAGCGCCAAGCUCUCAGAGAGUUAUCGCGCAACAAAAGCAUUAUUCUUAAGAAAUCUGAUAAAGGUAACACUACCGUAUUGAUGAGCAGACAAGACAAACUAAACGAAGGUCAGGCUCUGCUCAAUGAUUUAAAUAACUACUAGACAAACCAAUGGUUGAAACUACAACCAAAAAAGCUCAACAACUUAUUAAAACACUGCUCUCAGAAGGCCACAUUGAUAAGACGACGGCUAAAUGGCUCCCUUACGCCUGAUCCUCCGCGAAUCCCAGUGUUUCACUCACUUACUAAAAUCCACAAACCGAUACCUAUCUGAAGACCUAUCAUCUCAGGGUGUUCCGGACCCGGGUUCCGGACCUACAGAGCAGAUCUCAGCAUUUGUUGACCACCGUAUUCAGCCAAUAGCACAACUCCAAGCUUCGUAUCUUAAAGAUACGAAAGACUUUAUUUACUUCAUCGAGAGGAUUAAACUGCCUAAAAGUGCCAUACUUGUUUCAAUGGACGUCACAAGCCUAUACACAAACAUACCACAACGAGAGGGUUUUACUACUGUAUGCUAUGCAUAAGAAGAAUUCCAUCAAGGAAACCCUCCAGUGCCUACCAGGUUUUUAAGCGAAAUGCCCAGUCUGAUAGUACUAGAAAACUCGUUCCAAUUUAACGAGAUCUAGAAAGAUUAUCUUCAAACCCAUGGAACAGCCAUGGGCACGAAAAUGGCCGUAGCCUUUGCUAACAUCUUCAGGGCCAAAAAAGAAAAAGAAAUACUCAAACAGAGCAGCAUUAAGCCCAUCGAUCUUUUGGAAAAGUUUAUCGAUGACAUCAUAUCAGUAUGGGACAGUUGCUUCCUGUUCUGUUCUUCUACUAUUCCAAAGGCAAACAACUUCCAUCCUACAAUCAAAUUCACGGCUGAAAUAUCAGAAACAGAAACUACAUUUUUGGACACGAAAGUGUACAAUGGUGUCAGAUUCAACAAGGAUUCUAUCCUUGAGGUGCGAACACACUUCAAGCCUACAGGGAAAUUCCAACACACGAAUUUCUAUUCGUGUCACCCACCAGGCGUCACAAAAGGCUUCAUCAAUGGAGAUUAGCUUAAGGCUUCUAAGAACAAAUUCCUCUGAAAUCACUUUUGAAGAGAACAUGAGGAAUUUUUUUCAACACGCCUAAAGAAUAGAGAUUACCCAGCUACAACUGUAGAAAAACCUCUCUCAGAGGUCUUUUUCGCAAACAGAAAGAAAUCACUAGAACAGAGACACAAAAAUGCAAGUAAGAAAAUACUACCCUUUCAUGCCCUUUGUAACGCAAUACCCCUGCGUUGCCCAACCUCAAGAACAUACUCAUCUGGAAAUGGCACCUUAUACAGAACCAACCAUACCUGAGAAACAUCUUUAAGGAGCCUCCCCUCAUUUCAUAUCGCAAAGGAAAAUCCCUAAAAGACACUCAAGUAAGAUCUAAAAUAUAAAGGUUUUAAGACCAAUCUAUUUGCGAACUGCAGGAGUCGUGCAGGCCUGUCAACACUUUUAAACUCUGUUCAUUUUCAGGUAUUUAGUGUUCUGUUUCAAAAUAAUUUUAGGUAUUUAGUAUCACACAUUUUACGAUUUUGAGGUAUAUUGGUAUCUUGGGGGCAAAAUAGUGGGUAUAUUGGUAUCCCACUACCCCCCCUGGCCGGGCCUGUGUGGUGGGUCGUUACAACAAUCGCACUUUACAGGUUAGCAAAUUCUUUUAACAGAUUCUUUAGGUAAGCGGAUUUAUAGACAGACUGUAAAUUAUUUUCUUUCUCACUUCGAUUCUACUGAAAAACUGGUUUGAAACACAAUAAGCUAAUAUAAUUCUUGUCAUCAAAUAAAUCUAUCCAAGAACAAACAGGCAAUGUUUGUUUGAUAAAAGAAACAGAGGGGAGAUCUCUUGUACCUUGCAUUUCCAUUUCCACCGUUUUAUUCCUUGGCUUCAUACCCUUAGACGGUACAAAUAAUAUUUACUAUUUUUCUAAAAUUUUCCUUCUUCGCCCACCUCUCACCCCUUCAUAAUUCCCUCCUAUCGUCCUCUUAUUUCCCGCCCUCUGUAACCCUCUAACCCCUUAAUCCUCCGAGCUAUCCCAUCACUGUCGUCGUUUUCUAGGUCGUCGUUUUCUAGGUCGUUGUUUUCUAGGUCGUCGUUUUCUAGGUCGUAGGUCUUCGUUUUCUAGGUCGUCGUUUUCUAGACACCCAAUCAAGACAGUAUGUAGAACAGUUGAACAUUUGAAUUUUUUUAUUAAAGUCGAUAACUUAGACUUGUUAAAAUUAUGAAACACUCAGCUGAAGCGAAAUGUAAUAAGUGAACCGAUCACAAUGACCCUGUGACAUAUCAUUUGUGGGAAACUGAACGUCUUUGGCCAACAAUGCUCUUUUAGGUAAAUAUUAAGCUAUAUAUGAAAGUGUAUCAUUGCUGGUCAGUAUUUUGUUGUUUAUUUAAGUGAGAACUAUCUCUUUCAUGCCUCAUAACAGCUUAAUAAACUGAAUUUCAGUAACAUCGGUAAUAUCAUUUUUGGAAAACUCCACGUCUUUGAUCAAGAAUGGUGUAAGGGAAAUAGUAAUUUAGGCUACAUAUGGUGGCCGUAUAAUUUGGUUAGUGUAAACAAUCUUUUUUCACACCCUGUAACAGCUUAAUAAACCUAAUCUGAGUAAUAUCAGUGAUAUUUUGUAGUCUAUUUGUGGAGAACUCAACGUCUUUGAUCAAGAAAAGUCUUAUAGUAAAUACUAAGCUACAUAUUAGGCUGUAUAAUUGUGGUUAGAAUUUUGUUGUUUUCCCUUGAGAACGAGUGAGAAGAAUCUCUUUCAAGGCCUGCGACAGCUUAAUACAGUUAAUAUCAGUAAUAUCACUAAUAUCAUUUGUGGAGAACUCAACAGGUUUGUCGAAAAAUGGUCUUAAGGUGAAUAGUGAGCUGCAGAUGAAGCUUUAUGAGCAGUUUGUUGUUGUUAAAGUAACUUAGAACUUCAUCUUUCGCGCCCUGUAAUAGCUUCAUCAACCGACUGUCGGUAUCAUUAGUGAUAUCUUAGUGGAAAACUCAACAUGGGCUUAAAGUAUGAAGUAAACUAAAUGUAGGGUUGGGUAAUUCUGGUGACUGCUUUGUUUUUCUUGUUAUACGUCACCACUAUCUCUUUUAAGCUCACAGUGUAAUAGGUUAACCACGUCAACUUUGGUGACAUCAGUCAUAGCAUUUGAGGAAAACAGCAAUGUGAUUACUUUGUCAAAAAGUGUAAGGGAGAGGGUUCUCUCCCUUGCUCCGAGAGAUUUUCUCCGUGUACUCCGGUUUUCCCCUCUCCUUAAAAACCAACAUUUCCAAAUUCCAAUUCGACCAGGAAUCAGGUAGACGAAGAACCACUAUGUGGAUGUGUUACCUGCAAAUCGUUAUUUAUUUUAUUUCUUUAUUUAUUUUUCAUUAUUAUUUUAACUUCACUGUGGUUCGUACAAUGUCACAGAAACAAAGUCGAGGGAAACAUCAGGACUCUCUGGAAAACAAAACUAAUUGUUUCCCCUUGGAUCUGACCUUAAAAUACAAAAAUGUUUUUACGUUACCCGUGAGUUUUAUAGGUUCUUACACUGACGAUGAGCCAGAUUUUCCUCGGCGAAAUAAUCUAAUUUUGCAGGAAAAGGGUGUCUGGCAUAGACAAGGUAGUGAAUUUCAAGGACUUUUCAAGACCUAAUAAAGAAAUGAAGUACUUUUCAAGGACCUUAACUGAAUUCGAGGACUUUCAAGACGACUACUAAAAUUGAAGAGCUUUUCAAGAUUGUAUGAACCAUGUUUACUAACCUUCACUGCUUGUUGCUUUAGAUUUUGCUUCAGAAUUUGUCUACCCCAUGUGCUUGACUGUACCGUAAAGUACGGAAAAUACAUUAAGGCAGGUACAAAAGUCGGACCAGUCAACUCGGACCGCCAGUCCGGGUCGGAUCAACUCGGAUCUACUCGGACCAACUCGGAUCGAAUAAAAAAAUAAAAAUAAAAUACAAUUGGACUCGGAUCAACUCGGAUCAUAAAAAGAAAACAACUCGGAUUUUAAAAAGAAAAAUAAAAUCAGUCGGUAUCACUCAACUUUCACCCGCCAUUUUGUUUUGUUGUCACGAACUCGUGGUUGCGUAAAUUAAUUUUAUUUUUAUUUUUAUUAAUUUUAAUGAUACGCUAGUGAGCAGCACAUAUACACGUACAGUGAACAUUUUCAACUUGGAAGGAGAAGAAAUCAUGCUCGCCCGGGACAACAAAAAUUUUGGUACCCAAGGCGAGAAUUGAACUCACGACCCUCCGAAUACUACAUGUUUAUCGGACGUUCCAACCACUGAACCGGAGGGUCGCGAGUUCGAUUCUUGCCGGGUGCAUGGAAAUUUCCUUUAUCUCGGGCGAGCAUGGUUUCUCCUCCUUCCAAGUUGAAAAUGUUCACUGGAAAUGUAUGUGUGCUGCUCACUAGUGUAUCAUUAAAAUUAAGUUUCAGAAGCCAUAUCUGUGAAGCAGAGCGCGUCGUGUAACGCAACCUAUAACAUGAUCCGAGAGGAACUGGCACUAGUAAAACAAAAUGGCGCCUAAAAGCCACGGAGAAAACAUAGGCACGUUAAACGUGCGUGAGCUAUUUUGAACGCUUCAUUGUAACUUAAAUGCUUCAGUGUAACCUUACCAAGAGUGAUGAAUCGACCUUUUUCGUCCUAAAUGUAGACUGGAUUUUUGUGCGACAUUGGGUAUUGCUGUAUAUAAAUGAAAACGCGAAACGCUCAGAUGCGUCGAUCCUCAUGCUAUAUAUUCACUUUCCCCUGCCUUUCCCUGUUACAUUUGGUGCAAGUUAAACAGAUUAUUAAAGUAAAAUAAAUAUCUACUCAUCAAACGUUGAUUAGAAGGAAAACUCUAUAAAGGUUUCCUCGGAGUUUCUUAAGCCAAAAUGUGACUCAUCGAAUUCGAGUAGUUACGAAAUACCAGGAUUCUUAUCAUUGUGGUAGAUGGUUGCAUCAUCACAAUUCACGCGGUUUUCACGUGCGAUUCUACUCAGUGAAACAGUCCUUAACUCCAACAACUUAUUUCUUUAUGUUUUAAAAGCUAUUGCUUCUUAAAAGACAAGAGCCUUUUUUAAGGCAUUGGUUACAAAACGAAACAGGUCUUCAUACGUUGAAGUUACUAUUAUUAUUGUGAAAAGCCAAUCUGCAUGAGAUGUACAAUCACACAACUGGCACGUGAAAGUGUUGGACUUUGGCCCCUUUCGUUGUUCGUACGUGAGGGAAUUCGAGUUAUCACACGGUAAACAGAAUUAUAAAAAUAACUCAUGCACACAAUUUGCUAAAUAAAAUACGUUUCAAUAACUAUAAUGCUUAGUAAGCAGGAAGGAUGUAUCAUGUUGUUCACUUAUUAUUAUUUUUUUGUUUUGCCGGAACGAAAAAAAAAGGUCUGUUGAACUUUGUAAGCGAGAGAAUAAUAUUUUUAAAGCUUGUUUACAGAAUUAACAAUACUCGGUACAGCUUUAAGAAAAAUAAGCUGCCUUUCAAACUUGUAAAACCACAUUUUAUAGGCCGCAUACUUUCAAAUUUAAGUCCAUAUCUAAAUAUCAAUUAUUGCUUCACUGGAAGAGCUGUGAAAAUAUAUGAUCUUUUAUACUCUACCUUGAAGCGGGUGAAACACAACUCAUAAAUACGUACGUUGUACCGUUCGCGAUAGCCGAAUCGGUCACAAAUGUCUUGAGGCAGCAUCCAUACUAAAAUAUGAACCCUUAAACAGCUGCAUCACUGUUUACAGCGUUUGAAUCAUGAAGAUAUUUUAUGUAAUGCUUCCAAACACCUGUACCCGUAAUAAAAAACGAAAAAAUUGUGAAGGAUCAAGAUGGCGGUCUCAAAGUGCCCUUGUUCGACCUUUACCAAUGCCAUGUUUAAAUAGAUGCGAAGGUCUCAUGGGUUCCUAAGCAUCAACUCAUAGUACCUUCAACCUUAUUGGCUCUUGCAACAAACAUCCCAACAUACAAAGCCACAAAGAUACAAAGCCACAAAGAUACAUACGCUCACACCACUGACAUAUGAGCUAUUUUUGAAAAAAUAGCUCAAAAAAGGAUGAUCUGGCCCUUUUUUACCCUCCAAAUGGGUUAAACUUUCAGUUUUGCUGAUUUAAUUUAAUUUUUUUGAUUGCUGCGAGUUGAUCCGAGUCCAAUUUUAUUUUAUUUUUACUUUUUUAUUCGAUCCGAGUUGGUCCGAGUCGAUCCGAGUUGAUCCGACCUAGACUGGCGGUCCGAGUUGAUCCGGUCCGACUUUUGUACUGUUUUCAGAGUUAAUCUUUAUGAAUAUUUAAAACAGGUACAAUUAUGGCAAGGUAAUUAUUACCAUGUUAGAUGUGUUAGAUGCUCAGGGGGGGUAGACUACUUAUGUUUGGUUAAAAGGCAUAUAUAGGUAUUUUCAUGUAGAUGAAGUGUUUGCUUGGUGAAUAUCAUCAUCGUUCUGAUCGUUUUCUUGUUUGUGUAGCAAAAGAAUACUGUUAUUGAAGCGUAUACAAUAACAUAGGCACGUUCAAACGUGCAUGAGCUAUUUUGAAUGCUUCAGUGUAACUAUAAUACUUCGGUGUAACCUUACCAAGAGUGAUGAAUCUACGUUUUCAUCCUAAAUGUAGAUUUGGUUUUUGUGCGAAAUUGGGUAUUGCGCUACAUAAAUGAAAACGCGAAACGCUCAGCUGAGUCGAUCCUCAACCUAUGUAUUCACUUUCCUCUGUCUUUCCCAGUUACAUCUGGUGCAAGUUAAACAAGUUGCUAAAGUAAAAUACAUUUCUACUCACCAAACGUUGAUUAGAAGGAAAACUCUAAGGUUUCCUCGGAGUUUCUUAAGCCAAAAUGUGACUCAUCGACCCGGGGGGGGUACUCCCAUACAUUACCUAUACGGGUAUGUGCCGCCCAACGGGGUCGUGAUUUUAAAGCUCCUGGUUUAGAAAGGGGUAUCCAUUUCAGAGGCGUUUUCUAGAACGGGGUAUAAUAUUUCGAACGCAUGAAAGCUCCAGUUUUGUAAGCAACCAUUUGAAAUUAUUCAAGGACAGAUUGCUUUUAAAAAUACGGCUCAAUGCGUUACUGAAGCAUACUGUUAUACUCUUGUUGCACCCUAGAACGUAGUAUAAAAAAUUGGCCCAUUUCUAGAACGGGGUAUCAGUUUUAGCGCGAAUUCUAGAACGGGGUAUAAAAAAUUGGCCCAUUUCUAGAACGGGGUAUCAAUUUUAGGGGAAUUUUUUUUUAGAACGGGGUGCCAAUUUGGAGUCCCGGGCGGCACAUACCCACCCAAAAAAUACCCAAGUGCCCCCCCCGGGCUCAUCGAAUACUGAAUAGUUACGAAAUACCAGGAUUUUUAUCAUUGAGGUAGAUGGUUGCGUCAUCAUAAUUCACGAGGUUUUCACGUGCGAUUCUACUAAGUGAAACAGUCUUUAACUCCGACAACUUAUUUCUUCAUGUUUUAAAAGCUAUUGCUUCUUAAAAGGCAAGAGCCUUUUUUAAGGCACUGGUUACAAAACGAAACAGGUCUUCAUACGUCCAAGUUACUAUUUAUCAUUGUGAAAAGCCAAUCUGCAUGAGAUGUACAGUCACACAGCUGGCACGUGAAAGUGUUAGACUUUGUCCCCUUUCGUGGUUCGUACGUGAGGGAAUUCGAGUUAUCACACAAUAAACUAGUAAACGGAAUUAUAAAAAUAACUCUUGCACACAAUUUGCACGUGAAGAUGUUGGUCUUUGGCCCUUUUACAAUUCGUACGUUAAAAAAAAGGCAAAUUGUUUACUACAAAAUUUUCUCAAGCGAUUUUAAGAAAUCACCUCGGCUUCAUUACAACAUCUGCCAUUAAAUUAUGUUUCAUGCAACGUCAAGGUUGAUAACCUAACAUUUAUUAACAUUUGUGAGACAGCCUUUAACUCCGACAAUUUAUUUCUUCAUGUUUUAAAAGCUAUUGCUUCUUAAAAGACAAGAGCCUUUUUUAGGGCAUUGGUUACUAAACGAAACAGGUCUUUAUACGUUCAAGUCACUAUUACUAUUGUGAAAAGCCAAUCUGCAUGAGAUGUACAGUCACACAGAUGGCACGUGAAAGUGUUAGACUUUGCCCCCUUUCGUGGUUCGUACGUGAGGGAAUUCGAGUUAUCACACAGUAAUCGAGUAAACAGAAUUAUAAAAAUAACUCGUGCACACGAUUUGCAUGUGAAGAUGUUGGUCUUUGGCCCUUUUACAAUUCGUACUUUAAAAAAACGCAAAUUGUUUACUACAAAAUUUUCUCAAGCGAUUUUAAGAAAUCACCUCGGCCUUAUUACAACAUCUGCAAUUAAAUUAUGUUUCAUGCAACGUCAAGGUUGAUAGCCUAACAUUUAUUAACUUCCAAGAAAAUUAUCAAACUGCCGAAAUAUAUUUCUGCUCAUAUCAUGUUACUCCACUCAAUAAAGCAGUACCUAAUUAUUGUGUCAACUAGCUUCUUCCAAUUUUAUUCCCUAACGCUACUGUUUCUACUUAAGUUUAUACGCAUCUUUACUAAAUAAAAUACGUUUCAAUAACUAUAAUGCUUAGUAUGCAAGAAGGAUGUAUCAUGUUGUUCACUUAUUAUUCCUUUUUGUUGUUGUUUUGCCGGAACGAAAAAGGUCUGUUGAACUUUGUAAGCGAGAGAAUAAUAUUUCUACAGCUUGUUUACAGGAUUAACAAUACUCGGUACAGCUUUUAAAAAAAUAAGCUGCUUUUCAAACUUCUAAAACCACAUUUUAUAGGCCGCAUACUUUCGAAUUAAAGUCCAUAUCUAAAUAUCAAUUAUUGCUUCACUGGAAGAGCUUUGAAAAUAUAUGAUCGUUUAUACUCUACCUUGAAGCAGGUGAAACACAACUCAUAAAUACGUGCGUGGUACCGUUCGCGAUAGCCGAAUUCGGUCAGAAAUGUCUUGAAGUAGCAUCCACACUAAAAUAUGAACCCUUAAACAGCUGCAUCACUGUACACAGCGUUUGAAUCAUGAAGAUAUUUAAUAUAAUGUUUCCAAACACCUGUAGCCGUAAUAAAAGACGAACAAAUUGUAAAGAAUCAAGAUGGCGGUCUUAAAGUGCCCUUGUUCGACCUUUAGCAAUGUGAUUUUUAAGUAGAUGCCAAGAUCUCAUUGGUUCCUUAGCAUCAACUCAUAGUACCUUCAACCUUAUUGGCUCUUGCAACAAACAUCCGAACAUACAAAGUUACAAAGAUACAAAGUUACAAAGUUACAAAGUUACAAAGUUACAAAGUUACAAAGAUACAAAGCCACAAAGAUACAUACGCUCACACCGCUGACAUAUGAGCUAUUUUUUCAAAAUAGCUCAAAAAGUAAUCAAUGGUUUAAUGAACUUAAUUAUAUUGUGGUUUGUGCAAGGUGGUCUAGCCUUUGUUCUUUCUUUAGUCUGAAUGGCAAGUUUGGAGAUGAUUUCAGUGCUGCUAAUCUUUCAAAAGUCAUUGGCUCAAUGAUACAAGAGGAAAGUUUUUGAACCCUGCUUAUCGCAACAUAAGUUGCACCAGGCGAUCUCUCUGAUGGACCAAUGUCUAUCCAAGCUUUCGGUAGAGUAAGUCCUUGACACGUGGCAGUUGUUGUCUCUCACAGGAGCUAUUUUUUUGACUGUACUGAAACUGUUGUAGGGAAUAUUGGUGCAUAAGGUUGUGCAUCUAUGAAUGCUGGACCUCUAUAGUUGUCAAAGUCGACUAUAACAGCAACAGGUAAGUCUGGUGGGUGACGAUUAUUGUCAUAGACGAUAUGCCGAACCAUUCCAGUAGCUCCAGUACAGAGGCCAACCUGUGACCAUAAAUUCAUAGUCAAUAUCACUUUUGCUGUGUUUGCUAAAAAUACAACUGGGUCUAAUCCUGACAUCUCAUUGGGUCUAAAAUUUUUAGCAAAAGUAGAUGAACGACAAGCAUUAAUGCGGGCAAUAGGUUGCUUAAGUUUAGUGAGCUGGUCAAAGUUAUAGUUAGCAACUUGUUCAUUGUUGUAUAAUAAGAUGAUGAUGAUGACUGAUAAAUGAUGAUUUAUUAAACUCAGCUCAGUUUUCUUUACAUGACAUAAAGGUUAAAUUUACAUUGGCAUCUAAACACAGUACGACAAAGGAAUACAUGAAAAAUGGUAACAACAAAAUGGAGAGCGAGUUGGGAUCAUUGAAAUAGCAAAGGCUAAUUUAGUGGAUCACCCCUUCAUUAAAAUACAAUUACAGACAGAAUACAGAAUACAUAUGCAUAUUUUUAUAUAAAAAGUAUUUCUUCAUGCGCUAAGGCAGAUAAUUAAUUAGAAUAACAAUUGAGGGUAGAGUUCUUAAGGGUUGUACGAAAUAUUGUAAGAGAAUUUGAAUUAGUUAUACUUGAAGGUAAGGAGUUCCAAAGGCGAGGACUAGUGAAUUUUAGGGAGCGUAAGCCAUAUUGGGUAGUAUUAACUGAGGUUACAUAAAGAUUUCUAUUGCAUGAUUUCCUCGUUGCAUAGGAAUGAACAGAAGAAGUAAAUUUGAAUAUUCACUGAAACAGGGGGGUAACAGUCUGCAUGACCAGUGAUAAACAAAAGAGAGUAUCUGUGAUUCAAUGACCAUCAUUGAGCUUAAGUAGGUUGAGAGAUUUGAACAGAGGCUCAGAGUGGGAUUUUGGUUCGGAGAAAGAUAUUAGACUGAUUGCUACUUUUCUGAAUAAUAAAUAAUUGUGUUAGAAAUGAGGGAAAGGUUAAACCCAUGCAGAAAUGGACACCAUAAGUGAGGAAAGGAUAGAUAAGAGAGCAAUAAAGCAUGACAAGAAUAUGGUUGUCAACAAAAUGUCUCACUUUUGACAAGAUGCCUACUGUUUUUCAUAGUUUAUAACCUUAUGGCAUCUUUAAAUUCAUUCAAAUUGGACACAUUUCAUGCUUGUCGGCUAAGAAGUAAUGUCCAGUCAUCAGACCAGGCCUUAUCACAGUUAUCAGCUGCUUUCGUACCUUCUCCAAUAACGUGGUUCAGUUGUGCUGUGCUUAAAGAGCCAUCAUUACUUUUUGGGUUUUCAGCCAAGAAUCCUCUCAAAGCUAUGUCUGUUAACUGAUCCAAUCCUGGGUCAUUUUUCAGUUUCUCUAACAAUCUUUUUCUGCCAGGCUCCUUCCGCUGUGGACAAAAUUGUGCCACUUGUCGAUACAUUACUAAUGGCCUGACAAGUUAUACUCUUUACGCGAUGGGUGAAACACGCAGCAUCACUUCACAGAACACUUGUAACACUAGAAAUGUGAUCUACAUGGUUCAAUUGAUGCAACUGUUGUAAUUUACAACAUAUAGGUGAAACUAAGCGACUCCUCAAAGACAGGUUUAACGAACACAGACGUGCAGUCGACAAAACUAAACCCAUGACUACUGAACACUUUCGCUAUCACUCUAACCAUUCGCAUACUGACAUGCAGUUAAUGCCACUAGAGAAAAUUCAUUCUUCACGUGACUCAGUUCGUAAGGCUAGGGAGUCGCAUUUGAUAGAUAAGGCCAUGAAAUGCAUAUCCUUAUUAUUUUUUCUUUUCCCAGUGUUUUUUUUGUGUGUGUGUGUGUAGUACGUCAUUUCCGCCUCUCCCUUUUAAACAAUUUUUAUUGCGACAUUCUCCAUCUAUAUAAUAUUGUGGAACAGUAGUACAGUGGAACCUUGACCUCUAUAACAAGUUAUAACAAAUACUUCGGUAUCACAAACGAUUUUCUUUACUCCAGUAAUAGUAAAUUAUAUGAAAAAUAACCUUGGUAUAACGAAACCUCGUUAAAGCGAGCAAAUGUUGCCAGUCCCUUGGUAAUUCCACACUAUGGAUUUUUGUCAGUGGAACUUGGAUUCCGGAUUCCAAUCUUAAGUGAGAUUACGGAUUCCUUAAGCUGUAUUCAAGCUGUAUUCCGAGUACUUCCACAAGCAACAAUCUCCUGAAUUCCAGAACUCGCAUUCCCUUACAUGGGGCGAAAAGUCUUAGUAUGUGCUAAUGUUACAUUAUAAUUCUCAUUUACAGUCACCCAAAUUGUGUCUUCCUGAGUGUGGAAAGGCAAAAGACUCUGGGCUACCGCAUUCACGAUUUACUUGAGUACAGAAGUUACCCUCGAAAGAAUAUUGGCUACCUGUAUGCCAUUCAACAUGGUGCGAAAAUCAUCUAUGAAACAGACGAUGAUAACUCACCAACAAGCGGCAAAAUUACUUUCUACCAACAAGAAACUGGAGACUUCUUUGUUUACAAAACGGACUCCGCAAUGGUGAACCCUUAUGAACACUUUGGACAAAGCACCAUAUGGCCAAGGGGGUACCCCCUGGAUCACAUUGGUGACCCCCCAUCGCACCGGUUUGUCAAAUGCGCAGGUGUGGACACAUCAGUUCAACAGGGGGUAGUGAACGGAGAUCCCGAUGUGGACGCCAUAUUUAGACUGACAAGAAAAGACAAAGCUGUUAAUUUGAAUGUCGAGUUUGAUGCUGAAGCGCCUCCUGUUGUACUUCCUCCAAAUACAUUGGCUCCGUUCAAUUCUCAAAACACGCUGUUCUUACACAAGGCAUUGUGGGCCUUGUUGCUUCCAACAACAGUAACUUUCCGAGUCUGCGAUAUCUGGCGCGGUUACUGGGCUCAGCGGUUAUUGUGGGAUGUGGGGACACAUUUGUCGUUUUUCCCGCCCAAUGCCGUGCAGUUCAGAAAUGCACACGACUAUUUGUCCGAUUUUAAGGAUGAAAAGAUGGUCUAUUAUGAAUCUGGGCGUUUAAUUGAGUUUUUAAACAAAUGGAAAUCAGAUAAGCCAGACUUUUUCAGUAGAGUACUUGAUUUAAGCGUGGCAUUAGCUGAGAAUGGAUUUUGGGGGAUAAAUGAUGCCCUCUUAACUAAAGCAUGGCUAAGUGACUUAGUCAGCAUUGGAUAUGAAAUGCCGAGCAUAAAAAAGGCCUCCAAACCAUGUACAAAAGUUAUCAGUGAAGCGAUAGACCUUCAUUCGAAGGAAAAGCCAUCAUCAUAUCUUAGAGCAGGGGCAGAGUUGAAAAACAUUCUCAAGAGAAAAAAAAAAGAGGGUUGACGCACCAGAUGCGUAGCAAUGUAUUUUAGACAUUUCGAUUAAUUCUAUGCUUCUCCCAAAACCUAGUAGUUCCCAGGCUCUUAGAUAGCAGGGAAGUCACGAAAACAAUGGGACGUGAGUGAUCUGGGAAAGGGCGUGAUCUCUCUCCCCAGUCCCCGCACGUCUUUUUUUGUCAUGUUGAGAGAUAUCUGCACCUAAAAUAGGGAGUUUAUUUUUUAAAAUGCCGCCUAUUUCUUAAAAUGCCGCCUAGUAUUUAAAUUGCCCGUGGGUGGGGUGGGGGGGGGGGAAUCUCUAUUCCUCAUAAGCUCGGCUUCUCGGAGAUUUCCCCGCCACAGUCACUCCUCCCACGUAGUGUACAAAUUUUAAAUUUAAUGUUAAUUAACCUAUUUAUUAUCGUUUUUAUUCUGCUUGUAAUUCAUUGUGUGAGGCAAAAUAAUAAAAUAAAAAACAAGUUUUUGAGCUACGCACAUCAACUGGACGUGAACUUUUUGAAAUCUUGGUUCGUGAUUUUAAACAAAUUUUAUAGUAGUUCGUCUCUAUCAGAGUAAAAACACUCAGUAAUACAACUUUGGUAGCAUCAAGACAUAAAUUAAAGGCAAAAGAACAAUCUGGUUGACGUGCGUCGCUUUAUCAAAGCGUGCGCACGGUUAUUUCAUCCUAG